AUGCAAAAGAGUAAUGAUUUGUAAAAUGAGUUUCUUGAGGUAAAACAAAAUAAAUAUGAUGAUGUUGUAUAAGAUAGGAAAAUGAGUAAUAAAAUGAUUUUCUUGUAAUUGAUAGAGCUAGUCAUUUCAAUAUUAGACUUGAUACAAUAACUUAGAAAUCAUAUAAGAAGAAAAUGUUAUAAAAAUAUAAUAUCAAUUUAAAAUCAAUAACUUGAAAUGAGAAUCAAGGUAUGA